AUUCGCUUCACCUUCAGGAUUGUCAGAGGUGAGCGAGGUAUCAACAUGGUGCAUACGAGGUCAUCCGCUUAGACCUGGGAUGUGGCCCGCAUUGAGAGGUUUUUCUUGUCAUCUGGCUUACCGGGUCAGCGCCUGUCAAUAAUUAUCCGCGCUCGCCGUGAGAGGUAUUGUUGAGACAAAAGUCAGCAUCCGGAACAAGCACGACUUUGGGAGUCAUUGUCGCGGCUAGGCUUGCUGGAGGAUCAACAUUUAGUACUCAACGGAAGCACCCCUACAGCACGUCUGCUGGGUCCUUAAGAUGGCUCCAUCUAGUCAGGAUACCUGGCCUCCUCUGAUUGAUUCAAGUCCCAAGGGAAGAUCAAACAUUGAAGCCGGCCCGGAACAACCACCCUCUAUCACGAACACUGAAUCUACACCAUUACUUUCCAGAUCUGCCAGAGAGAAGUCGUCCAACACCCACUAUCGCGACAUAUCUGGCCCUCGAUUUAUCAUUCUUUUCCUCAGCAUAAUCUUUGGGGCUACACUCGCUUUCUUCGAUUCCACGCUCAUGGCUUCGUCUCAUCCGGUUAUCACGUCCUAUUUCCACGCCUCAAAUGCGGCAUCUUGGUUAAGCACUGUCUUCUACCUAUCGUCUACGGUCUUUCAGCCUCUCUAUGGCCGUGUGUCGGACACUAUUGGCAGGCGACCUGUUGUUUUCUUCGCAGCCGUCAUGUUCUUUGCGAGUACCGCAUGGUGUGCGUUUGCAGGAAGCAUUGGCAGCUUCAUAGCUGCUAGAGCAGUUUGCGGCUUAGGUGCUGGUGGGGUUAUGUCGAUGGCUUCGAUAUUGACUAGCGACGUUGUCAAGAUUGAGUACCGAGGAAUCUAUCAAAGUUAUUUCAAUAUGGCUUGGGGUCUCGGAAAUGGGCUAGGCGCUGCACUUGGCGGCUUCAUCUGUGAUCGACUGGGGUGGCGAGCAGCAUUUUACGUCCAGCUACCCUUCAUCUUCGCCUACGCAAUUCUGACUCUCGUCUCUUGCCCACCACAUCUCGGUCCAAACUUGGCCAAAACACAAGGCAAGACGCUUCGACAGGCCUUUAAGACCUUCGACACCUUUGGCGCAAUCAACCUCACCAUCACUGUGACCUGUCUGAUUCUUGGUGUCAACCUGGGCGGAAAUGUCUUCACCUGGACACAUCCCCUGGUCAUAACCAGUCUCGUUCUCUUCGCCGUUGCAGGGACAUCGUUAUAUUUUGUGGAGCGCAAGGCGCAGCUACCAAUUCUUCCCCUGAACCUGCUUUCCACGAUACCACUUGGCAACCUUAUGUGGUCGAAUUUCUUCAGUGCUAUUGUCACAAAUACGGUGUUAUUCAACGUUCCCCUGUACCUUCAAGCGGUCAAGCAAAGCAGUCCGACAGCAUCAGGCCUGAACCUACUCGUCUUGUUGGUAGGUGGAACGGUCACAGCACUCCUAUGCGGCCUUUACAUCACUAUUACUCGCAGGAUGAAACCGCCCAUGGUCUCGGGUACGUUGAUUUCGUUCAUCGGAGCGAUUUGUGUAACAUGCCUGUCAUCGGAUACGCCCACCUGGUCGGUCCCGCUUCUCAUACCUUUUUGCUCGCUCGGACAAGGUCUCCUUUUCCCGGCAACUACCAUUGCCGUGCUCGCCUUGAACUCUCAAGACGAACAGGCCGUCGUCACGACUACCCUUGGACUAGUGAGGAACCUGGGUGCAAUUCUCGGUGUCGCUAUUAGCAGCUGGGUUCUUCAAAAUGCGUUGCUGGUGUAUCUGGACCGUAUUGUGACGGCUCCCGACCCAAAGACCAAAGAGCACAUUAUUCGCAUGGUUAGGGAGUCAGUACGAGCGAUCCGGGACCUUGACCCCAAACACAAGAUGCAAGUCAUCGACGCUUACGCGAGGAGCAUGAGAGUCACAUUCGCCCUAGGAAUCGUGAUCAGCGUCGUAUGUAUCUUGUUGAUAUGGCCUAUACAUAUCCCGCAUCUGCAGCGGCAGGAGGAAUUGGACAGACGCACUGAGCAGCCCCAGGACUCCGGAGAGGAAGAAGAGUCCGAUGAAGGAGGAGAGAACGAGUAUGAAGAAGCCGUCACAGACACCCCAUAUGAAUCGGUUUCAAGAGCCAUCACGGCCAGCUCGAGACGGAGUAGGGCUGCUGCAUCGUCAGCCGCAGGUUCAAUACCAAGCGCAUAUGAUCUUGCGAGAAGGCCAAGCUUCGACACCAGUUUUUCAAUGUAAGGGAGAGACAAACAUGGUGGGCCGGACGCCUCUAUGGCACGACUCCUAGCUGAGGAGCGCAGGGCACGGGUACUUAGGAGCCUGGUGGCCCAUGGUUUAGUGGCCCCUCGAUCGUACUUAUAGGAGCAACUCCUCACAUCAUACGACUGAGUUUGUUCUUAAUGCAGGUACAGUAGAAUAAACAUAUUCCCCG